GCCGUGGCGCGCGGGGGCUGCCGGGAGUUGUAGGCGGUGGUGGCGACUGCGCGCGGCAGGGGAGGCGGUGGCUGCGCUCAGGCGGCGCCGCGGUUCUCCUCACCCCUAGUCUGAUGCCCAUCCCGCCCUGCCAUGAGUCUAUGAGCCCGCUCCGGAUCAGCGUGGGUGGUCUGCCUGUCCUCGCGUCCAUGACCAAGGGCGCUGACCCCCGCUUCCGACUGCGCUGGAAAGCCAUCGUGCUGUCGUCAGCCUGCGUGGGGUUUGUGCUGCUGCUCUUCUGCCUGCACCGUUCCUCCCCCACACGGCCCAUCCCACCCAAUCCUCACAACUGGCAGCUCAGCCUGCAGGCAGGGGACCGUUACAAUGACACCUACCCACUGUCCCCACCCCAGAGAAACCCUGAGGGCGUGCGCUACCGCAUCGGAGUCAUCGCAGACCUGGAUACAGAGUCCCGGGGCUCUGAGGAGAACACCUGGUUCAGUUACCUGAAGAAGGGCUACCUGGUGCUGUCGGACAGCGGGGACAGCGUGACGGUGGAAUGGGACAAAGAUGAGAGUGUGCUGCAGUCCCACCUGGCUGAGAAGGGCAGGGGCAUGGAGCUCUCUGAGCUGGUCGUCUUCAACGGGAAGUUGUACGCUGUGGAUGACCGGACAGGAGUUGUCUACCAGAUUGAGGGCAACAAGGUGGUGCCCUGGGUCAUCCUCCCAGAUGGGGAUGGCACAGUGGGGAAAGGCUUUAAGGCAGAGUGGCUGGCAGUGAAAGAUGAGCACCUCUACGUGGGGGGACUGGGCAAGGAGUGGACCACAACGACGGGGGAGGUGGUGAGUGAGAACCCUGAGUGGGUGAAGGUUGUCGGCUACAAGGGCGACGUGAGCCAUGAGAACUGGGUGGCCAACUACAACGCGCUGAGGGCUGCGGCAGGAAUCCGACCCCCAGGUUACCUAAUACAUGAGUCGGCUUCCUGGAGCGACACCCUGCAGCGCUGGUUCUUCCUGCCACGUCGUGCCAGCCACGAGCGAUACAACGAGAAGGCGGACGAGCAGCGAGGCACCAACCUGCUGCUGAGCUCCACCCAGGACUUCGGGGAUGUGACAGUGGGACAUGUGGGUGAAGUGGUCCCCACUCAUGGCUUCUCCUCCUUCAAGUUCAUCCCAGACACGGACGACCAGAUCAUCGUGGCGCUGAAAUCGGAAGAAGACAAUGGCAAGAUUGCUAGCUAUAUCAUGGCUUUCACACUGGACGGGCGUUUCCUCCUGCCCGAGACCAGGAUCGGGAGUGUGAAAUAUGAGGGCAUUGAGUUUAUUUAACUGACUUUGGCACUGGACCGGAGGGUGAGGGAGGCCAAGGGAUGCUGGGACAGUCUCUGUCAGUAUGAUCCAAACCGAGCUGCUAAGGGACGCCGGGCAGCACUCCCAGCUCUGUAGUUGGCCUUGGGUGUCUCCUGUAAAGCGUUGGCUCUGCUGCAGCAGGCGUGGUGCGAGUGUUUCGGCAGUGGCACCUGGUGGCAAGGGACUGCCACCACAGGGUGCUGGAGCCCAGCCCAGCAGACAGACAGGGAAGUCCUCAUGCGCUGCAGCCGUUAGCGCUCAGCCCCUAAUUGCGAUAGAACUGCAACACCCUCUGCAGUGAGUUGGUGACAUCCUGGCUCUGGGUUUGCAGCCAAGGAGGAGCCUGAGCCUUGGCUCUACUUGAGGCUCGGUGGCCUCAAGUUGUGUCAGGAGAGGUUCAGAUUGGACAUCAGGAAAAAUUUCGUCACCAAAAGGGUUCUCAAGCACUGGCACAGGCUGCUCAGAGAUGUGGUUUAUUCUGGAGGGAUUUAAGAGAUGGGUAGAUUAAGUGCUUGGGGAUAUGAUUUAGUAGCGGACAGGUACGGUUGGGCUUGAUGAUCUCGGAAGUCUUUUCCAAUCUAGUGAUUAUAUCAUUCUAUGCUGCUCUGCCUUGCACCCUGCUAUGCUGCAUGCUUCCUGGGUGGAGGAGAGGGUGUCCCACCAGAGCACUGGCCCUAUCCUGAUACCAGGGGAAGCAGGUCUGACCAAGACACUGGAGCCCAGCCAUGCUGGCAGCCUGUCCUGGGGUCACCCUGUGGGAGAGGCUUCUCUCUGUGUCCCCAUCACCUGAAAGGAUAACUGGAGAUGGGGGGACAAGUAUCCUUGGGGGGGGCAUCC